AUGGGAGAGACUAAUAAAAAGAUCGAGCCCACCGAUUCGGACAUAUUAAGCGAUCCCUCCAAGACGUGUCAUGAUAACCCCAGGUUAUUUAGCAAAGAAGACCGACUGUCGUUGACUGGAAACGAUCUGGAGCUCGACACCUUCCAGUCCCGCUCCUUCGAAGUCGACCUUGAACAUCAAGCAGUAUUAGCUGUCGACAUUGAAAAUGGAGCCAACGGCAGUAAUACAGCACACCAGCAACACGCAUUCAAUGCCGAUGAGAAUGUCAAGCCUCUAUCACCAAAAACCUCUUUGCCCCCAUUCGGUAGGGGUAGGCCUUAUCCACCACAGAUAACUAACCCCGAUGAUUAUCUGGUCGAUUUCGAGGGCCCUGAUGAUCCCUGGUUUCCCCAGAACUGGUCUUCGUGGCAAAAGUUCUUCAUCGGCGCUAUUCUAGCUUUCACCUGCCUGAGCUCCACCUUUGACUCCGCUGUCUUUAGCGCCUCAGCGAGUAGCAUCGCAAAGCAUUUCAGAGUCAGUUUAGAGGUUGCUACACUUUCUAGUUCUCUUUACAUCGCCGGCUACGCACUCGGGCCCUUGAUUUGGGGCCCUCUUUCAGAACUCUAUGGUCGUCGUCUUCCGAUUAUUCUUGGCAUGUUUGGAUUCUCUAUCUUCAGUACAGCGGUGGCAGUAUCUAAGGAUCUUCAGACUCUAAUGAUCUGCCGUUUCUUUUCCGGAGUGUUCGGUAGUAGUCCGCUGAUUAUAGUCGCUGCGGCUUUCUCAGAUUUGUAUGACAAUCGAACCCGUGGUAUUGCUAUCGCUAUCUUCGCCCAAAUGGUCUUUCUUGGACCAUUGAUUGCACCAUUUAUUGGAGGAUUUAUUGUUCGAUCCUAUCUCGGCUGGCGCUGGACCGCGUAUAUCCCAGCAAUUAUGGGCUAUACAGCAACUCUCCUGACUAUUUUUUUCCUCAAUGAAUCCUACCCACCAGUUAUCUUAGCUACCAAAGCGAAAGAGCUGCGACAUGAGCUUAGCAACUGGGCAAUUCAUGCUAAGCUAGAAGAGGCCGAUGUUGGUAUUCGCGAGCUGAUAGUCAAUAACUUCUCACGGCCACUUCAAAUGUUGAUUAAAGAACCUCUUAUCCUGGCUGUGACUGUCUAUUUGAGUUUCAUAUACGGCCUGCUCUACUGCUUUCUAUCGGAAUAUUCAAGCAUUUUUCAGGGUGUUUACGGUAUGGCACCUGGCCUAGGAGGUCUUCCUUUGUUCGGAAUUGUGGUAGGACUUGUGAUAGCCGCCUCAUAUAUGGUGUACACCAACGGAGCUUACAACACUAGAUUGGACGCGAACAACGGCAUCCCUAUACCUGAGUGGCGUUUGCCACCAGUGGUCGUUGGAGGAGUUCUGUUUUCCGCAGGUUUAUUCUGGCUGGGAUGGACGGGUUUCACCAGCAGUAUCCACUGGAUUGUGCCCACGUUAAGUGGCUUGUUUACAGGCGCUGGUCUAUUGAUUAUCUUUAUCCAGCUGUUCAACUAUUUAAUUGACACUUAUCUGAUGUACGCUGCGUCCGCACUAGCAGCAAACACCAUUUGUCGCUCCCUUGUGGCGGCCAGCUUCCCCCUUUUCUCACGCCAGAUGUUCGCCAACAUGGGUAUCCAAUGGGCUAGCACGCUGCUAGGCUGCGUCUCUGCGGUUUUGGUUCCCAUUCCGGUGCUAUUCCUCAUGUACGGCAAACACUUACGAAAGAAAAGCCACUUUGCGCCAGUGCGCGAUGGGUCUUAG